GGUGUUGCUGCAGUGGCUGCUCUGGGCGGGUCUGCUCCUGACGUCGCUUCCUUCCAACAUGGCGAGGAGAGGAGUUGAGCUUCCCUGAGCAGCUGAGCGCAGCCGGAGCCCCUGUCACCGCCGCAGACACUUACCGCUGGGGGUAGAGGCCAGCGGGUGACACACGGAGCUGCCAGCUGGCAUGGGGCGGCCCCCUCCCGGACAUUGGGAUCUGGAGCUAUAGACACCGAUACCCGACGUUAGCCGUGGGGGUGGACCCGUCAGUCCGUGCCCUGGAUAAACCUGGUCCGAGGACGGUGGAUACCGGAGAGUAAACAUGUUCCUCACCCGGGCUCUGGAGAAGAUCCUGAGCGACAAGGAGGUGAAGAGGGCGCAUCACAGCCAGCUGCGCAAAGCCUGCGAGGUGGCGCUAGAGGAAAUAAAAUGCGAAACUGAAAAACAAAGCCCUCCCCAAGGAGAAGCAAAGGCCGGUUCUGGCACCCUUCCUCCCGUGAAGUCAAAGGCCAGUUUUAUUGAAGCCGACAAGUACUUUUUACCGUUUGAGCUGGCAUGUCAGUCCAAGUGCCCCCGAAUUGUCAGUACGUCCCUAGACUGUUUGCAGAAACUUAUAGCUUAUGGGCAUUUAACUGGAAAUGCCCCGGAUAACACAACACCAGGGAAGAAGUUAAUCGAUAGAAUUAUAGAAACAAUAUGUGGUUGUUUUCAAGGACCGCAGACCGAUGAAGACGUCCAGUUACAGAUAAUAAAGGCGCUUCUCACCGCGGUUACGUCUCAGCACAUUGAAAUCCAUGAAGGAACCGUUCUUCAAGCUGUUCGAACAUGCUACAAUAUCUACUUAGCCAGCAAGAACCUCGUCAACCAGACCACGGCCAAGGCUACCCUGACGCAAAUGCUCAACGUAAUAUUUGCACGCAUGGAAAAUCAAGCACUUCAAGAAGCCAAACAUAUGGAGAAGGAACGACACAAACAUCAGCACCAUUUACAACACUCUCCUGUAAGUCACCACGAUCUGGAACUGCCUCCAGUAAGACACAUUUUGGAACAGACGGACCAGUUGGCUCGAGAGCAUGAAACGGAUCUUGAGCGACACCCAAACUAUAUGGAAAAUAAUCUUCAGGAAGAAGUUGAGCCGGAAAAUGGAUAUGACGCUCGGAGCGCAGAUAAUGAGCAUACAGAAGCCGACCAGUCUACACCGGCAGAGGAUCACUCAAAGACGGAUCUGGGAAUUGGAGAAGAAGGGAGCCAUGAUUGUGAAGAUAACGCACAGAAUAUUAUCCAGAGUAUAAUACAGGAGAUAGUGAGCUCCGUAGUCAGAGAUAAGGAGAACGUCAUCAACGAAUGUCCGGCAAGAACAUCAGACGAUGGGAAUGAUGGGGAGACAGUCCAUGCUAAUGGGAUACCAGGCACACCGAUAUCUAUGGCAUAUACUCCUUCUCUGCCUGAUGAUAGAUUGUCAGUCUCUUCUAAUGACACUCAGGAAGGUGCAAUCGUUUCAGGGCCUUCUCCUGGUGCUAAGUUCUCCCAUAUCUUACAAAAGGAUGCCUUCCUGGUCUUCAGGUCACUGUGUAAAUUGUCUAUGAAGCCGCUGUCUGAUGGACCCCCUGACCCAAAGUCCCAUGAAUUAAGGUCAAAGGUACUCUCCCUCCAGCUCCUUCUGUCCAUUCUGCAGAACGCGGGGCCUAUCUUCAAAACCAAUGAGAUGUUUAUCAAUGCCAUCAAGCAGUACCUCUGUGUGGCCCUGUCCAAAAACGGGGUCUCGUCCGUUCCGGAGGUCUUUGAGCUUUCUCUUUCCAUUUUCUUGACAUUAUUAUCAAACUUCAAGUUGCACUUAAAGAUGCAGAUUGAGGUGUUCUUCAAAGAAAUCUUCCUUUACAUACUGGAAACCUCCACCAGCUCGUUCGAUCACAAAUGGAUGGUUAUUCAGACACUGACCAGAAUCUGCGCAGAUGCACAGAGCGUGGUGGAUAUUUAUGUCAAUUAUGACUGUGACUUGAAUGCCGCCAACAUCUUUGAGAGGCUGGUGAACGAUCUCUCAAAGAUUGCUCAAGGACGAGGCAGCCAGGAACUUGGCAUGUCAAACAUGCAGGAAUUAAGUCUUAGGAAGAAGGGCUUGGAGUGCCUGGUGUCCAUAUUGAAAUGCAUGGUGGAAUGGAGCAAAGAUCUUUAUGUGAAUCCCAACUCCCAGUCAACCCUCGGGCAAGAAAGACCAGCUGAACAGGAUACCCAUGAAAGCAAACAUCCAGAAACCAUCAACAGAUAUGGCAGCCUGAACUCGCUGGAUUCAACGGCGUCAUCGGGUAUUGGCAGCUACAGCACGCAGAUGUCUGGAACGGACAAUCCAGAGCAAUUUGAAGUCUUGAAACAGCAAAAAGAGAUCAUAGAGCAAGGAAUUGAUCUGUUUAAUAAGAAACCAAAAAGAGGGAUCCAGUACCUACAGGAGCAAGGGAUGCUUGGAACGAGCCCAGACGAUAUUGCACAGUUCCUGCACCAAGAGGACAGGCUGGACUCGACUCAGGUUGGAGAGUUCCUUGGAGACAAUGACAAGUUUAACAAGGAAGUCAUGUACGCGUACGUGGACCAGCAUGACUUUUCCGGAAAGGACUUUGUGUCGGCGCUUCGCCUGUUUCUGGAAGGAUUUCGCCUUCCAGGUGAAGCCCAGAAAAUCGAUCGCUUAAUGGAGAAAUUUGCUGCUCGCUACCUUGAGUGCAAUCAAGGGCAAACGUUAUUCGCCAGUGCGGACACUGCGUACGUCUUGGCCUAUUCAAUUAUCAUGCUGACUACAGAUCUGCACAGUCCUCAGGUCAAAAACAAAAUGACCAAAGAACAGUACAUCAAAAUGAAUCGGGGUAUUAAUGACAGCAAGGACCUUCCUGAAGAGUAUCUGUCUGCCAUCUACAAUGAAAUAGCCGGGAAGAAAAUCUCCAUGAAGGAAACAAAAGAGCUUGCAAUCACAACAAAAUCAUCCAAGCCAAGUGUGGCCAGUGAAAAGCAAAGAAGAUUACUGUAUAAUCUAGAGAUGGAGCAGAUGGCAAAGACGGCAAAAGCCCUCAUGGAAGCCGUGAGCCACGUGCAAGCCCCUUUCACUAGUGCUACCCAUCUAGAACACGUCAGACCCAUGUUCAAGUUGGCGUGGACGCCGUUCCUGGCCGCAUUCAGUGUUGGUUUGCAAGACUGUGAUGACACGGAAGUAGCAUCGCUCUGCUUGGAGGGUAUCCGCUGCGCCAUCAGGAUUGCAUGUAUCUUCACUAUUCAGCUGGAAAGAGAUGCCUACGUCCAGGCCCUCGCGAGGUUUACGUUGCUCACCGUGAGUUCUGGGAUUACUGAAAUGAAGCAGAAGAACAUAGACACCAUCAAAACCCUCAUUACUGUGGCUCACACUGAUGGCAACUACUUGGGAUCUUCAUGGCAUGAGAUCCUGAAGUGCAUCAGUCAGCUGGAGCUGGCGCAGUUAAUAGGCACCGGAGUGAAGCCGCGUUACAUAUCUGGGACGGUGCGGAACCGAGAAGGUUACUUCACCGGAACCAAGGACCAAACGUCUGAUGAAUUUGUCAGUCUCGGACUGGGAGGAAAUGUGGACUGGAAGCAAAUGGCAAGUAUCCAAGAAUCUAUAGGAGAGACAAGCUCCCAAAGCGUUGUGGUGGCCGUUGACAGGAUAUUUACAGGAUCCACAAGGCUGGAUGGGAAUGCCAUAGUGGAUUUCGUUCGUUGGCUGUGUGCGGUUUCAAUGGAUGAACUUUUGUCCCCGACUCACCCCCGCAUGUUCAGCUUGCAGAAGAUUGUAGAAAUAUCCUAUUACAACAUGGGCCGUAUCAGACUGCAGUGGUCUAGAAUAUGGGAAGUUAUAGGAGACCAUUUUAAUAAGGUUGGUUGCAAUCCCAAUGAAGAUGUGGCCAUCUUUGCCGUAGAUUCCUUAAGGCAGCUCUCGAUGAAGUUUUUAGAAAAGGGAGAGCUUGCAAACUUCCGUUUCCAGAAGGACUUCUUAAGGCCGUUUGAACAUAUAAUGAAGAGAAAUAGGUCUCCCACCAUUAGAGACAUGGUGGUACGAUGCAUCGCUCAGAUGGUGAAUUCUCAAGCAGCAAAUAUUCGCUCUGGCUGGAAGAACAUAUUCUCGGUGUUUCACUUGGCUGCGUCGGAUCAGGAUGAGAGUAUAGUGGAGCUUGCGUUCCAGACCACUGGUCACAUAGUCACACUGGUGUUUGAGAAGCAUUUUCCCGCCACCAUCGAUUCCUUCCAAGAUGCUGUCAAGUGCCUGUCGGAGUUUGCUUGUAACGCGGCUUUUCCAGACACCAGUAUGGAAGCCAUACGCCUGAUACGCCAUUGUGCGAAAUAUGUCUCUGACAGGCCCCAGGCCUUUAAGGAGUACACGAGCGACGAUAUGAAUGUCGCCCCCGAGGAUCGCGUGUGGGUGAGAGGAUGGUUCCCCAUUCUGUUUGAGCUGUCCUGCAUCAUUAACAGAUGCAAAUUAGAUGUAAGAACCAGGGGUCUGACCGUUAUGUUUGAAGUGAUGAAGACCUACGGCCACACGUUUGAGAAGCACUGGUGGCAGGAUUUGUUCCGAAUCGUCUUCAGGAUCUUUGAUAACAUGAAACUGCCGGAGCAGCAGACUGAGAAAGCGGAAUGGAUGACCACCACGUGUAACCACGCUCUCUAUGCAAUCUGCGAUGUGUUCACCCAGUACUUCGAGGUGCUCAGCGAUGUAUUGCUGGAUGAUAUUUUUGCCCAGCUGUAUUGGUGUGUGCAGCAAGACAACGAACAGCUCGCCCGUUCCGGCACCAACUGCUUAGAAAAUGUUGUAAUACUAAACGGAGAGAAAUUUACGCUGGAAAUCUGGGACAAAACCGGCAACUGUAUGCUUGAUAUCUUCAAAACCACAAUUCCUCACGCGUUAUUGACCUGGAAAGCUGCAGCGGGAGAUAUUGAUCCAAGCUCACAGUCUGAAAUGGGAGAAAAGCAACUGGAUUCCGUGUCUCAGAAAUCUGUGGAUAUUCAUGAAUCUAUCCAGCCGCGGACGGCCGAAGGCAGACGCAGUACCCAGGCGGUGAUAACCAGCUACGAGGAGAUGCCCUUACACCGAGCUGGCACCAAAGUUCCUGACCAGAAGCUCUUUGCCGCCUUGUUGAUUAAGUGCGUGGUUCAGCUGGAGCUCAUACAGACUAUCGACAACAUUGUGUUCUUUCCAGCCACCAGUAGGAAAGAGGAUGCUGAGAACCUCGCCGCUGCACAGAGAGACGCUGUUCAUUUUGAUGUUCACGUCGAUACCCAAGACCAAGGCAUGUAUAGAUUUCUCACCUCCCAGCAACUCUUCAAACUCCUGGACUGCCUGCUGGAAUCUCACAGAUUUGCCAAAGCCUUUAAUUCCAAUAAUGAGCAGCGAACCGCUCUCUGGAAGGCAGGUUUCAAGGGCAAAUCCAAACCCAACCUCCUCAAACAAGAGACCAGCAGCCUCGCGUGCGGCUUGCGCAUUCUGUUCCGCAUGUACAUGGAUGAAAGCCGGAGAAGUGCGUGGGAUGAGGUCCAGCAACGACUGCUAAAUGUUUGUAGUGAGGCGCUGAGUUAUUUCCUGACACUGACAUCAGAGAGUCACCGAGAAGCCUGGACUAAUCUGCUACUGCUGUUCCUAACCAAGGUCUUGAAGAUUAGCGAUGAACGGUUUAAAGCCCACGCAUCCUUCUAUUACCCCCUUCUCUGUGAAAUAAUCCAGUUUGACCUGAUCCCCGAGCUGCGUGCUAUACUGAGAAGAUUCUUCCACCGAAUCGGGCUUGUUUUUAAAAUUUCUCUUCCUCAAGAGCAAGACCAGGACAGAGUGGGAGAGAGCUCUGAAGCACUGGAAUAUCAUUCUGUAGAGGACAGAAGACAGGGGUCUGCCUCUCAAGACCGCCACUGAAUUUGAGUUUUAAAUGGUACAGCUGUGUAGAAUUAUUCCUUCGCUCGAUGACACUCCAGACCUGCUCUGCGGUGGAUUUGUUUCUCCCGAUGUUUCCUCUACAGGAGCUGGAGCCUCACUUUCCAAACCUUGUCCAAUAUUA